AUGCUGGAAGUCAAGAAUGUUAUUUCGAACGCCCCACCUAACUAUUUGGGUAAGCCGGUGCUGCCAAUUAAGGGGCUAUCAGAGAAGCAGUGGUCGGACGUGUGUCGUAUUGGACAGAUCCUCGAUGCCGAGUACGCCUGUCGACGUGAGACUCUCAUUAAACGCGUUGACUGCACUGUGCAGAGUUUUAAGUGGUCUGAUCGAGCGAAGUUGAAGCUGGAGGAGAUAGAGGCGGCCUAUAGCCCAUUGCGUGCAGCCAUGCAAGUGAGUCCUUGGGGUGAUGUCGUGCCCUACCUCCUAGCUGCACGCGACGUCCAACUGCUGCGUUUGGAGAAGACUUCGGGUUCAGCGGCACGCGAGUUCACCUCUUGCCCCCUCAAUCGUAUUCUCAUGGCUGGUCAAGUACCUGAUCGGGGUGGUCGCACUUGGGAGGUUGAAGCACCUUUACCUGAAAUGCCUGCAUUCCAAAAGAGGCGGGUCGGUAGUGGUAGGGGUGGAGGUCGUGGUCGUGGAGGGCGUGGCGGUGAUGGGCGCGGUGGCGGUGGACAUGGUGGUUACUCUGGUGGCAUUGCUAGUGGUGCCGGAGGCGCUGGAGGCAGGGCGGGGAGCGGCAGAGGUGGUGCUGAUGGCACUAUCGGUUCUGAGUCAUUUGGUUCGAGACCUCCGUCGGGCAUUUCCUUUGGGGCACAGGACAUCCAAAAUCCCAUUCAAAUUGACCUAAGUUUUCAAGUGAGUUUUAUACAGCUUCUAUUUCCAUCUUGGCUGUAUAUCCUACUUUAA